UGUUUGUGUUUGUGUCUCCCUCUCCCUCUGUCACACACGCAGCCCAGGACAAAGAUGGGAAGCCGUUCACGACCCUGUCUGCUGCUCUUUCGCGCGUUAAACCCCCUCUUUAGUCCAAUUUUAGUCACACUGAAUCGAUGAUCCCAUGAGGGCAGACCGUCGGUAGGAUCUAUCCUCCACUGGAUAAAAGAGCUGCGCCCUGUACGCACGGGCGAAGGCGAGCUUGUUCUACUGCGCACCACGACGCACAAGGAGACAUGUGUGCGCACCACGGAUCGCCGUUGAACUUCGCCACCUCUCACUUACCCUAGAGUCAUCUUGGAUACAGUAGCCUGCGAUAAAGCUGCCUGUGCUCGACCACACGCGCGGCAGGACCAUUUGGGAUUUAAACGCCAACAAGUGGAAUUGGUAAUGUGCACUUUAAACUGGGACAGUGAUCUCCGCUGACACGUUUGAUUUGAUCAGUUCGAUUUAAUGUGACAGCAGACGGCGCUUUAAUAUCCCUCCCAGCGACAUAUGGUCUGCAGGCGAGCAUUUAAAGCCAUCGACCCGACGCGUCUCCACAGCGCGCCCUCGGCGGGGCUGGAGCGGACGGAACCGGGGACGCUGAGGAAUGCGGAGCCGGGAUUUUGUCUUUUCCAGCUCACCUGCGGAAGUCUUCGCAGCGCACACCAAAAAAUAGGACGCGCAGACUGAACGCAGACGGGGUCAGUAGGCUACCUAACCUUCUCCGUGUCUUUCCACCCUCCAGCCGAGCGACGCAGCCGGAGAGCCCGCUAGGCGCCAUGCUGAGGCAGAUCCUCCUCAACUCCACCGACACCCCGGUCUUCGAUCUGGCCCUCAUGGCCCAGUCCUCCACGCACGCCCCUUCCUCCCUGAACGCCUCCCACGGCGGCUCGGUGAGCGUGGCCGCUCUCCUGAGACCCACCGCGGGCCGGGGGGGAGGAGGGCUCCGGGAGGGCGAGCUCCACAAACCGGACCUGAUCACCUACAUCGUCAUGUGCCUGCUGCUCUUCCUCUUAGUGCUGCUCAUUGUGUUCUUCAUCAACUGCCAGCUCCGGAACUCUUUCUUCGCCUCCAUGCCAUAUGACAGGUCGCUGAGAGAGGCCAGGACCUCCUACAAGUAGGCUACACCACCAAGACCAAUCUCUGGGACCCUGAUGGGACUCUGUGGGGGGUGGGUUCAAGGACUAGAUCCCCCCUGAACUGCUGCUGCACGUACUGAACUCAUGACGAUGUUGCCUUUAUUAGCUGUCUUGGACACAUUUAAAAUCCUGGAAUCCCCAACAAACCCUGACAUGGUAGACAAAGUCCUUACGGGCCAAAUGUUGCCCAUAACCCAAGGCCCACAGCCCCAUCUAUUCCAGAAAUAGCGCUUCAGUCCACCGGGGAGCUGUUUGAGUAGAUGAGUGUGUAUGGGCCCGCUGCAGGUGGAGAGAUAACAGUGUAACACCUGAUCAAAUUAGUGACUCACAGGCUGUGUUUUCUGGUGAUUAAUGAAUGAAAUGUGAAACAAUCCAUCAUCACCUGCAGCCCCCUGGUGGCCCCCGCACUGCACUUUGGACACAAAUGGCUUAUUGCAUUACAUGUUACUCCUAAAGUCGUAGUUUGGCUCUAAAUUCACAGUAAUCUUCACCGGCCCUGACGAGAUGAAUCUUCUUUUUUUUUCAUGGAAACGUGAGUUAGGUCGACAAAGAAAGAGUCUACAGUAGUUUGUAUAUAACAUAUUUUGUAUAUCUGUAACUUAACUGUCUUGUCUUGUAAAAUGAUGCAAUCAACACGCGGUCCCCCCUUUGGUCCAUUGUAAAAUGAUGAUUAAAUGACAUACUGAAGGCCUAUAUACACAUAAAGAUAUUCAAACAGACCUGGAAGUCUUACAC